AUGGACGAAAUCGAUUCCGCGACACCGAUUAAAUUACGAAUGAAGGGCGAUGAUAUAGGAAUCGCCACACCAUCUGGCGGUCUCAUUUUCAAUCCGUUUCACAAGGAGUUCAUCAGUCGAGUCGGCCAAGUUACAUUUAGUCCUGGCAUAUUUUCUUACAAUGCCAGUCCGAUGGAUAACAAGAGUGAUUCUUGCAAAAGUACUCCAAACAGACUAAGUUUACCGUUUGUACUAUCCCCGGAAACCCAAGGCAUGUUGUUCCCUGCUGAUAUUGAUGAAAAUCCCAUACUGCAAUUGAAGUUGCAAGAAAAGUUAGAUACUCAGGUGGGUGACAACUGGUCAAAAACAAAUUGUUGCUCUGAUUGCACAAACUAG